GUCCCUGUCUGCAAAAUGAGGAUUAUAUGCUCGCACGAUGAGCGGAACAAAGACAGUAAAUUUACUGCCGACAUACCCCUCCCCACAGUAUAUCAACUGAUAUCAUCAUUUCACGUCAAAAUGGAUCCAAAGUAUGCAGCUUUAGCAGCAAUGGUAACGAAUGUUUCUCUAAUCCUGAUCCUAAUCAUCUGUACGAGUCACAGCUGGACAGGGGACCAAGGACUCGCAGUCCAGUCGGUUGUGGACGAGGCGGUGACGCAGUGUGUGCGAUCUACCAACUCCAGUACAGAUUUCCAAGGCAUCCAAAGCUUCCUGUCUUAUCUGGAGAUGAACUCAUCCAAACCAGCGGCCCACCUGGCCAUCAACAGAACACACCAGUACACAGAUGCGUAUGUGACUUUACACUGGAAAAAUACAACUGGAAGCACAUGUUUGGAAAACGGCAUGACUUAUCAGGAUGGUGCUAUUAUCGUCCCACAAGGGGGGUAUUACUUCACCUACUCUCAGAUCGUGUACAGUGGCAGCGGAACCCAGGAGUUAGACUAUGGGCGGAUCAUUCACGCAGUGGUGAAACAGAAGGCGUCAGAGCUGGAGGAAGCACCAACACCCCUGAUGAGGAACCUACAGUCCACCCCCAGCAUCAGACGGGGACGUCCCGCCUACACCACCAGCAGCCUCGGGGCCACCUUCUACCUGGAGGCCAACACCAGGGUCAAGGUCAUGUCCAGUGUCCCCAGAAAUAUAGACCUUUCUCCUCAUGGGGGUUCAUUUGGAAUAUUUCUCGCGUAACCAUGGAUCCAUGGCAUGGAACCUCCCCGUGGUGGAUCUGGAUAGCAACUAGUGCCGUGCCGACAUAUCAAUAAAAUUGUAGUGGUAGUGGUGGUAGUGGUGGUGGUGGUGUUGUUGGUGUUGGUGGUGGUGGUGGUGAUGGUGGCUAUCAACUAGUGCCAGGGUUAAUAAAUGCGGGUUCAUAAGGUGUCAUAUUUUCACUGUGGCGGGGGUCAUCAACCUACAGUGGGUGUCUAGUCCGCACUCCAGAUCAAGGGUUUAUUAACUUCUUAAUACAUUGUCAUCUGAAUCAGGAACGCCUCGUUUUACAAUGAAACGUAUACUAGUAGCUCAGCGGUGUUAUUGGGGUCAAAACUUACACACAAGUCGAAGCAUAUAGAGCGUUAUUAUCACCAUAGAUUAAUAAGACAAAAUCGAAGCAGAGAUGGUGUCUUAACGCGGGGGUGGGGGGUUUAUAUUUAGAAUGCAGCGGGCAAUAACCUCUCAUCUUAUGUUAGCGGUUUAGAGGUGAGGUGAAAUUGGGUUUAACGUCGCGUCCAAGAUUAUUGCAGUUAGAACGACCUGCAUGCACGUGUGUUAGUGCGUGCGUGCGUGCGUGCGUGCGUGCCGUGCCGUGCGUGAGUGUGUGUGCGUGCGUGCGUGCGUGCUAGUAUACUGACUCCGAGCCGAUCAGUCCUUGUUUUGUCCGGGCUGACACUCCACCACUAGACCAAUAACGUAAGGUAUUGGUGAGAUUCGAGGGGACAGAUUAAACUUACUCUCUGCAACAGAGCAUGUUGUGGUAUCUGUGAGUAUCUGGCAACAGAACAGCCAUUUAAUAGUAAAUCGUUCAGUGCACAUCAACUUUGGAUAAUACUUACGUAACGUAGGGGUCAGGUUAUAAAAUGUCAAUAUCAACUUGAAAUCACAUUCAGUCCUCACCUGGACACUGAGAAUCUCCCUAAGCAACUCUGAGUGGUAAAAUUAUGUACAAACGACACAACAAUGCAGGAUCCUCGGGUAUUAUACAACAGGGAUUUAUGUCUGUUCCGCUCGUAUUGAAAUAGUUUUUGAAAGGUUUGACGCUUGGGAUUUCGACUACCUUAAAUAUUUCGUGGGGCAUGAUUCGUCACUCUCUACAUGUUGAGGGUGCCAUUAAACUUACAUUCGUUCAACAUAUUUCUCUUUUCGCCCUAUAACUGGUCAAUUUCCUGGAUUUAUUAGUUUGCCAGCGGUGAUUGCUAUAAGUCCUACUUUGGGUCAGAAGACAAGCUGUAUAUGACAAUUGACAUCAGAAGCAUCACACCCUGGGUUCCAUGCCAGACUCUGUGUGUACACUCAUCCCACGUUAUCCCUCGCCUCCUCCACAAAUGAAACGAACAAUGGCCCCGCCCCUUACGUUGUAUACAGAGGAACCUAAUAAAACUAUUCACUUUCCUAAACAUUUCA